AUGCAAACUUACACGACAUUAGCAUGGGGUGUGCAUAAGCCUAGAGACAAAGGAAAGGCGGAUGGUAGAAAGCCGUCCUCGGGAAAGUUCAUUCAGUCAACCCAGGUGGUCGACAGCUCCGAAGUUCCAGAGAAUAAGGUGAAGGGGGGUUCAGGUGCUAGUAGGUCGAGGAAGGGAAAACGGAAGCAAGUGUUGUCCGAUUCCGAGACACCCAAGUCAGAUGAUGAGGCGCAGGCGAAUGACGCAUUGGCGGGGCACGUCGUAGUCGAUGGCAAGGUCCGUGGCAUGACAGGAGUCAAGGUUCCGAAGAGGCGAAAGGGGGGGUCCACAAGAGCGCCGGCCGAGUCUGAAGUUUUCCAGUCCUUCUUUGCCCCCAAUAUCGACGUUGACAAGCCCGAAUCAUCAUCGGACGAAGAGCAGCCUCGAAAGGUUACUCGACCUCGCGCGCAUACAUAUCAACACCAAACCCCUGAAAGGCAGAGAGGAGACGAGCUCGAUGACAAUGGGGAGGCAUCGCAGGGUGAAGGUCUCGGCAGCGACGAAGAUGCGGAUGCGGAUGGAGACCAGCUGGAAGACCGCGACCUCGCAUUCCGCAUGACAGAUACGCAGGUCUCGAAUGAGCGCAUCAAUUGGGCCACCGACUUCACUUCACCAGUCAAUGCCGACAAGACUGAUGAUGACGAGCCGCUUGGCGUCAAGGCGCAGACGAGCCGAGAGACUCUCACCAUGACGCGCCCGGUCCGGCCGCCUACUCGCAAGGCGCCACCCUCCGACAACUCCACCGAUUCUGACAAUGCUAGGGAUCCGCCUCGUCCGAAGAGAGGUGAUAAGAUUAAGGGGAAGAAAAAGCAGUCAAAGCAGCUCCCGUCUGUGACUACAAAAUUGCCACGGGGCGUGUCGAACACCUCCAAAGACCCUAGCGAGGACAACCGCAACUGGCUGCAACGUACUGAGAUUACGAGCGCGCUCGUCCACUCUAGUACAAACAAGUGGACGGUCAGCCUGAAGUCUAUGGGCCCGGAAAUGCAGGCGGUUAUGAAGCUCAGCUUUACGCUGGCCCAGCUGCAUUUUGUGUUCCGAGACUUCGACGAUCCUCCGCUAACGGAUCCCAACCAGAUCAGCACCAUUGUUACAGGGUUCGACAACGCAGGUAUCAACGAUUUCGCUCUCCAAUCCCUGGUCAAGGCGGCCACGCAGAAGGGUUAUGCCAGCGAGAAUGAUGUUGUCGACCGUCUGCUCUACGGGUCCGCCAAGCUGUACGUGGAUCCCUUAAUCAGCUAUGCGGCCCAGCGCAUGAAGCAAUAUCGUGCCGCUGUGAAGAAGGCUGCAGCGUCGACCUUCCCCUCCAUCAUCAACCUGUCCACUCUUUCACCUGCCGGGCUUGAGGACUUGGGGCGACACUUCAUCUUCCCGCGUAAUGCUGACGGUACCUGGGAUACUAGACAGCCGUUUGCGGGUUCUGGUCUAGGAGAAGAGUGA